CCCAACAUUACAAAAUGCUCAACUCACUGCAACUCAUUUUCCAUUUUGUAUUUCCUGCCGUCGUCUUGGGUCUCAACUCAGACGGGCUCUCCCUCCUCGCCCUCAAAGCCGCAAUCGACACCGACCCAAGUCGCGCCCUCGACUCGUGGUCCGAGUCCGACUCGUCCCCGUGCCACUGGCACGGCGUCGUUUGCACCCGCGACCGCGUCACGGAGCUUUUCCUCACCCAAAAGGGCUUCAACGGCUACCUCCCCUCCGAACUCGGCCGCCUCGACUCACUCAAACGACUCAACCUCGCCAACAACAACUUCUCCAAGCCCAUUCCGGCCCACCUCUUCAACGCCACCGCCCUCAUUGCCCUUGACCUCUCCCAAAACUCCCUUUCCGGCCCAGUUCCGGCCCAAAUCCGCUACCUUCAAAAUCUCCGCCACCUCGACCUCUCCUCCAACCUCCUCAACGGCUCCCUCCCGGAGUCUCUCACCAAGCUCGACAGCCUCGCAGGAACCUUGAACCUCUCGUAUAAUUCCUUCUCCGGCGAGGUUCCGGCGUCCUAUGGAAAUAUUCCGGUAAUGGUGAGCUUGGACCUGAGGCAUAAUAAUCUCACCGGAAAGUUGCCUCAGGUGGGCUCGCUGGUGAACCAGGGCCCAACUGCUUUCUCCGGCAACCCGAGCCUUUGUGGGUUCCCGUUGGAGGUUCCCUGCCCGGAAGCCCAGAACCUGACAACCCGACCCGACGAGGUCCAGAAGCCGAUCGACCCGAACCCGGAUUUGAUGAAUGGGGCUGAAGGGAAGGCCAAGCACAGAGGUGGGUUGGUGACGGUGCCGAUAAUCUCGGGGGUUUCGCUGGUGAUCGGAGCUGUGUCAGUGUCAGUUUGGCUGCUCCGGAAAAAGAGGACGACAGCGAGGGAGGGCAAAAUGGGGAGAGAGAAAGUGAUCAAGGAGGUGGCGGGGGAUGAGGAGGGGCAGAAGGGUAAAUUCGUAGCGAUGGACGAGGGGUUCGGGCUGGAGUUGGAGGACUUGCUGAGGGCGUCGGCUUACGUGAUGGGGAAGAAUAGGAGUGGCAUUGUUUACAGGGUUGUCGCCGGGAAUGUCGGGAAGGGAUUGGGUGUGGCACCGUCGGUUGUGGCGGUCAGGCGGCUGAGCGAGGGUGACGCCACGUGGCGGUUCAAGGAGUUUGAGAGUGAGGUGGAGGCUAUUGGGAGGGUGGUGCACCCUAAUAUCGUGAGGUUGAGAGCUUAUUACUAUGCGGAUGACGAGAAGCUCUUGAUUUCUGACUUCAUUCGCAAUGGGAGCUUGUACACUGCUCUACACGGGGAACCAGCCAGUUCUUCGGCACCUUUACCUUGGGCAGCUAGGUUAAAAAUCGCUCAGGGCACCGCAAGGGGCUUGUCAUACAUACACGAAUAUAGCCCCAGAAAAUAUGUUCAUGGCAACAUUAAAUCAACAAAAAUCCUUCUCAAUGAGGACCUUCAGCCUUAUGUCUCUGGUUUCGGAUUGGCACGUCUAAUCUUGGGGUCCUCAAAAUUUACUUCAUCAGCUUCCAGGAAACAGAGCUCAAGCCUAACCAAUGCAGCCUCUUGUUUUACUGUUUCAACUCACUCAACCAUUUACUUGGCACCCGAGGCUCAAAUAUCUGGCAGCAAGUUUACUCAGAAAUGUGAUGUAUACUCUUUUGGGAUUGUGCUCAUGGAGAUCUUGACUGGUAAGCUACCAGAUGAGGGACCAGAAAUUGGUGGUAAGGGACUAGAGAGUCUGGUCAGGAGGACGUUCAGAGAAGAACACCCCUUGUCCCAGAUUAUAGACCCUGCACUUCUGCAAGAAGUUUAUGCGAAGAAGCAAGUUGUUGAAGCCUUUCAUAUAGCCCUUAAUUGCACUGAACUCGAUCCGGAACUGCGUCCUAGGAUGAAAACAGUUUCUGACAGUCUUGAUCGCAUAAAGUUUCAGCUUUAAUAGAAAAGAAGAAAGUUUCCCGAACUGACUGCUCCAUCUGGAAUUGGUUAUGGUGCUGAAAAUGGUCUUGGAAGGGUGCUAAUUCAUUGUCUCUUUAAUCUCUAUGGUUGCUGAACUGUGGUUAUAAGGAAAUCCAUUACCUUUAUGGGUUGGAUGUAAAAUAUUUUGAUUGCGUCAUUGUACUUAAGUGGAUCGGUUCAAUGAGUUAACGGGGAUUCAGAUG